CUUUCUCUCUUCUUCUUCUUCUUCUUCUUCUUCUUCUUCUUCUUCUUCUUCUUCUUCUUCUUCUUCUUCUUCCUGUGUGUCACGCAAACCCCCAGGAGCUGCCAGAGUAUGACCAGCCUGUUCAGCAACACCAUGUCCCCCGCCAAGGAUGGCUCCUCCUCCCUCUCUCGGCGCUCCAGCAACCUGGGCAAGCCCCCGCUGCGGGCCCUCUACGACCUGCUCAUCGCACCGAUGGAAGGGGGUCUGAUGCACUCGAGCGGGCCGGUGGGCCGACACCGGCAGCUGGUGAUGGUGCUGGAGGGGGAGCUGUACCUCAUCCCCUUCGCCUUGCUCAAGGGCAGCUCCUCCAACGAGUACCUGUACGAGCGCUUCAGCCUCAUCGCCGUGCCCUCCAUCCACGGCCUCGGAGCCAGCUCCAAGACUCACCCUCGCCGGGCCGGUGCCGCUCCGUGCGGGGGCGUCUCCAUGGCGGCGGUGGUGGGUAACCCGCGGCUGCCCUCGCCCGUGAUGGACCGCUGGCUGUGGGGGCCCAUGCCCUCGGCGGAGGAGGAGGCCCUGAUGGUGGCCGAGCUGCUGGGCUGCCAGCCGCUGGCCGGCGCCGCGGCCACCAAGGAGCGGGUGAUGAGCGCCCUGGGCCAGGCCGAGUGCGCCCACUUUGCCACCCACAUCUCCUGGAAGCUGGCCGCCCUGGUGCUCACCCCCAACCCCGAGAGCGGGCCGUCGGGCGUGGGCGGCGUGGGGGGCGUGGGGACGCCCGGGGGGAGGGGCGGCGGCGGCGGGAGGCGGGGCAGCGGCGGCCGGGGGAGGAAGGGUUCGUUCGGGAGCAGCUACACCAUCCCCGAGUCGCUGCGCAUGCAGGACGACGGCAGCGACGUGGAGAGCAUCUGCGACAGCCCGCCGCUGCAGGAGUUCCUGCUGACCGCCGCCGACAUCCUGGACCUGAGGCUGCCCGUCAAGCUGGUGGUGCUCGGGUCGUACCAGGAGUCCAGCAGCAAGGUGACCGCCGACGGCGUGGUGGGGUUGACCCGGGCCUUCCUGGCGGCGGGGGCGCAGUGCGUCCUGGUGUCCUUGUGGCCCGUGCCCACGGCCGCCUCCAAGGUCUUCGUCCACGCCUUCUACACCGCCCUGCUCAACGGGACCAAGGCCAGCGCCGCGCUGGCCGACGCCAUGAAGAGCGUCCAGAACAGCAAGCAGUACUCGCACCCGUCCAACUGGGCAGGCUACAUGCUGAUCGGUAACGACGUGAAGCUGAACAGCCCCUCGUCGCUGAUUGGCCAGGCUCUGGCCGAUAUCCUGCAGUAUCCUCAACAAGCGCGGGACGCACUGCGAGUGUUGCUUCACCUGGUGGAGAAGUCCCUCCAGAGGAUCCAGAACGGCCAGCGUAACUCCAUGUACACGUCCCAGCAGAGCGUGGAGAACAAGGUGUGCGGCGUGCCGGGCUGGCAGGCCCUGCUCACCGCCGUGGGCUUCCGCCUGGACUCGGCCGGCCCGGGGAUCCCCGCCGCCGUCUUCUUCCCCACCGCCGACCCCGGCGACCGGCUCCAGCAGUGCAGCACCACCCUGCAGUCUCUGCUCGGUCUCCCCCCCCCUGCUCUCCAGGCUUUGUGCAAACUCAUCACCGCCUCGGAGGCCGGAGAACAGCUCAUCAACCGCGCUGUUAAAAAUAUGGUGGGAAUGCUUCACCAGGUGCUAGUCCAGCUCCAGACCGGGGAGAAGGAGCAGGACUUCUCCUUGCUUCCCAUUCAGGUGUCCAUCAGCGUUCAGCUCUGGAGGCUGCCAGGAUGCCAUGAGUUCCUCGCCGCCCUGGGCUUCGACCUGUGUGAGGUGGGCCAGGAAGAGGUGGUGCUCAAAACAGGCAAACUAGCCAAUCGUCGCACCUUGCACUUUGCCCUCCAGUCUCUGCUCGCGCUCUUUGACUCGACAGAACUGCCCAAGCGCCUGAGCCUGGACAGCUCCUCGUCCCUGGAGUCCCUGGCGUCCGCCCAGUCCGUCUCCAACCCCCUGCCCAUGGGCUACCCCAGCCUGCCCUUCUCCCCCCCGUGCCUGGACAAUCUGGCCUCGGACGCCAUCUCCGUCUACAGCCUGAGCUCCGUGGCCUCCACCAUGAGCUUCGCCUCCAAGUCGGACUGCGACUUCCUGAGCCACCGGCAGCGCGGCGGCGUCGCGGCGCACUACGCCGUCCACAAACACCCCCACGUGCCCCGCAGCCGCUCCUCCCCCCACGGGGCCGCCACCGCCGCGGGGGCCGCCGGGCGCGGCGAGGAGGAGGAGUACGAGGGCUUCUCCAUCAUCAGCAGCGAGCCCCUGGGGAGCCAGUGCGACUCCCUGCCCCUCCCCCCGGGGCACGGCCAGCGCCACCACCACCGCGGCGGGCGGGGGGUGGCGUGCGGGCCGGGCCCCGCCGCGGGGAGGGGCUACGCCGUGUCCGUGUCCUCCAGGGGCAGCGUCAGCACGCCCACCUCGCCCGUGAAGACCUGCCUGGCGCCCGGGCCCCACUCGCCCUUCCAGAAGGUGGGCAAGGUGAGCAGCUCGGACACGGGCGAGUCGGACCAGUCCAGCACGGAGACGGACAGCACGGUCAAGUCCCAGGAGGAGAAGACCGUCCCCCUGGACCCCCAGGAGCUGGCCCAGAAGAUCCUGGAGGAGACCCAGAGCCACCUGCGGGCGGUGGGCAGCCUGCAGCGGGCCGGGGCGGAGGCGGCGGGCGCGGCGGGGAACGCCUCGGCGCGGAGCAGCGCCUUCCGCUCGUCGGAGAGCAGCGCCUUCAGCCGGCCCGGCAGCAGCGCCAGCGGCCGGGCGCAGUCGUCCCCGCGGCCCAAGCCCCCGUCCCGCUCGUCCUCCCUGCAGAAGAUCAGCUCGGGGUACAACAGCCCCGCGGCCUCUGAGUCCUCCCAGCAGGACGGCAGCCACCCCUCGCCCUCCCUGGACAGCCACGCCGCCUUCAAGCUGAAGUACCCCAGCUCCCCGUACAGCGGGCACAUCUCCCGCUCCCCGAGCAACGUGUCCCCCAGCUCGGGCCACCAGUCCCCGGCCGGCAGCGCCCCGUCCCCCGCGCUGUCCUACUCCUCCACGGGCUCGGCCUGCUCCACCUCGACCAACGACGCCGCCCCCGACCUGGACCGCCUGAGGAGGGGGGUCAUCGACGAGAAGGUCCAAGCCAUCCACAAUCUCAAGACCUUCUGGGCCAACGCGGCGGCGGCGCAGCAGCAGCAGCAUCAUCAGCAGCAGCAGCACCACCAACACCACCAACACCACCACCACCACCACCACCUGGGGCCCGUGAAGGCCGUGCACGGGGCCCCGGGAGUGCUGGGGUCCACCAACAGGGACGUGUUGAGCCUCCUCAACCUCUCGCCGCGCCGCUGCUCCCCGAGCGACGGCCAGGACAGCCUGGAGCUGCGGGAGCUGGGGCUGCAGUCGCUGGACAGGGCCGGCAAGAACUCGUCCAACGGACACCGGAAAGUGUCGCCCUCGCCCACUAUCUCCACCAGCAGCAGUCCUGGUGCGCGCUCCAUCCGACUCCCUUCCGGCAACGGGUACAAGUUCCUGUCACCGGGCCGAUUCUUCCCUUCCUCUAAAUGCUGAGACACUUUAAAUGGCCCUAUACUUUUACAAGGUAUUUACGACAGUGUGGAGGAGGAUGGAGGAAUUUCGAGGCUCCGCUUGUCGGUCUACCCAACUCGGUCCGCAGUUUAAAAAAAAAGCAUUUGAUUGGUCGGUCAAUGAGUGUGAUCCCCAGAGGCACAUGUAUGCUUUGGAAUGUGUCUUGUCAUUGUGCCCAUAACACUGUAAAAUGGCAAUGAGAAAUACUCAACGACCUGAUACUGUGUUUGUGUGUAACUGUGUGUCAGGUAGAUGUAAAUGCCAAUCCUCCAAAAAACCUUGCUGUCUGUAUGGGCCAAGAUGCAACAGCUCUUAACUGUUUUACUUCAUUCUGUUUUGGUUUUGUUUUGAACUAUUAUGGUUAUGGUUAUUGUUUGUUAUUGUUAUUAAUAUUAUAAUUAUUAUGUUUUGUAAAUUAAUUCCAGUGUUUCACAAUCAGUAUUACACGUUUUAUAUUAUUAAAAAAGUGAAGAAAUCUGUACCAUGUAAAGAUGAAAGAGUGAAAAAAAGAUUUAAUAUUUUUUAUUGAAAUCAAAAAGGCAUUUUGCCUGAUUUCUUUGUGAAUUGAGUGUCUGCUCCGAAGCAUGCAUUCUCUUGCUAUUCAAUGUUAAUUACCAUGUAUGACUUUUUAGCCCAUGAUUUUUUUUAGAUUGAACGUGGAAUUUCCAUGACAACCAUCUGUCAUUUAUCAGUAAAUGGUUUAAAUAAAAAAGAAAUCAUGUUUGCUU